AUGAAUGUUUCUGGACCUGAAUUGUGGACCUGUUGGACAUGCAACAAGUGUAUGCAUGUCAAUAGUCGACGACAUCAUCUCCGAGGCAAGCAACAUCUGAAGAAAGCGCGCACUGCACCCAUCAACGCAAAUGUGCUCAGUCCACAACAACCAGCACAAACUACAGGACCACCUGAGCCACCUUCGAAUCCUCCGCAACUUGUACCACCAUCUCGUCCAGAACCCACAGCUAUUGUUCCCAAUGCCGAUUCCAAUCUCGGGGAAUACUGGACAUGCGAGGAUUGUAAUAACCGCCGAAUGCAUAUGAGAGACAGGGAACCUCAUUUGGCGGGCAAGUUGCAUAAGACGAUCCUCGCGCGUCGCAGUCUUGAAGCUGAUCAGCCUGAGGAUAUGCCAAGCGUUAGCAGUGCUAGCCCUAGGCAUAUUCGCGGUCUUUCUGGACGAGGUGGCCGUGGUAGUGGCCCUGGUGGUUCUGGUCGGGGAGGAGAAGGAGUUGGUAGAGGAAGUAAUUCAGGCGGAUUCAGUUACAGAGGUGGUGUGGUAAGUCGCGGUCGGGGUGGUGACAAUGGUUCUGGUGGUGGUGGUGGGGGCGGUGGUGGGGGCCCGGGUAGAGGAGGAGGAGGGGGUGGUGGUCCAGGUAGGGGUGGUCGUGGUCGUGGUCGUGGACGCCAACCCCGCUAUUCUGUCCUACGUGGCUCUGAUGCCCAAGACAUGAUAGAUUUUCUUGCAGAAUUGGGGCACGGCAGAAUUCCUGGUGGUGGUGGUUGCAGCUCCGGUGAUGAUUAUACGUAUGAUCGCCACAGUGGUCAUUGGUAUUGAACAACUGAUAAGUAACUGUAAAACUCUUUUGCGAACCGUGUUCCCAUAUGUACUUGUAGUUUUGAAUUGAUUAUUUAGUGACCAGCCGCGCCUGCUUCGUCCA